AUGGCUUACUUGCUAUUGCAAGAUAACAAACAAGUCUCUAUUCCUGUGAUUGCAAUAUAUGUUAACAAAUUAUUGUCACUAAACCGUGAGAUCAAUGGCCAGUGGUUUACAUAUUUGACUCAAUUCUGGAAAUUAUGGUCAAAAAGAAGACAACAGAAGACAAACCGAGUGUUAACUCAUGACGUCUGGAAAAAUAGUGGAUCAGACGCAGGGAUUGUCCCCUUUCCUCACGAAUGGAAAUAUGAAUUACCACAACAGACUAAAAAUGAAGAUAUUUUAAUAUAUGGCGUGAAUUCAUCGAAACAAAGCAUUUAUAUUGCAAUCAAAUGGAGACCAAAAGGAGUGAACGAUAAGAUCAAUGCAACCAUUAGUUUGAGAUUUGAUGACAACAACAGUAAUAGCUAUACAUUAGAGGAGGACUCGGAG